GUACCGGCCCAAUGAUACGCGCAUCUCGAUCAGGUCUGGGGCUGUUCCGUCUCCAGCACCUGAAGCGUCCAAUUACACUGUUCGUCCGUUACAGCGCCAACACGUAGCAUUAGGGACAAGACUAGGUCAACGGAAGCUGGUAGAUCAGCACCCUGCAUAUUGCCGUCCGCUUAAAUCUCCUGGCCAUUAGUCGAUGUUCUUCCGGAGGUAGUAACGUUCAGGCAGCGGUGAGUAGGCCAAAGGCGUUCGUUCAGACACACUACACGAGUUUACUUCACAAUAUCAAUCCUGAGCGGAGACAUUUCCCCUCAGCCGUUUUACUAUGGCGGCUGAGCUUCCGCAAGAGACAGGUAAUCUUUUUGUCCUUCCUCGCCCAGAUGACGUCGAGACUGCCCGAUCGAAGCUCCUGUCCAAUCUUCCGUCGGCUGGCUUGGGUACAGGGACUGCCAACAGGCAUCUUCGCGACGAUGUUGUUCCAGGACUCAAUAAACCCUCACAGUCGUCUACCUUUUACGGCUUUGUGACUGGUGGCGUAACACCGACGGCAGCCUUCGCUGAUAAUGUCGUGACCGAGAUGGAUCAGAAUGUUCAGGUGCAUCUGCCCAAAGAGACCAUCUGCACCGUCGUCGAAGACCGCGCAACGUCCAUGCUCUGCGAGCUACUGGACUUCCAUCCGGCAGAUUGGCCUCACCGAACAUUCACCACCGGAGCCACUGCCAGUAACGUUGUAGGGCUGGCUUUGGGUCGACAGUUCGUGAUACACGAAGCGCAGCAGCGAGCCCAGAUCGAGCAUCUUUCAACUGUCGCCGAUGCUGGACUGUUCAGUGCAAUGAAGGCUGCAAGUCUUAAGUCCAUUCAGAUCCUGACCACCGUGCCGCAUUCGUCGCUUCGAAAAGCAGCUUCAAUCGUGGGUCUCGGGAGGAGUAGCGUCGUUGAUAUCAGUCGAAAGGACAAGCUACAUCAAUUCGACCUCUCGGCGCUUGCCUGGCAUUUGAAGCAGGAUUGUACAGCAUCAAUCGUGGUUAUCUCCUGCGCAGAGGUUAAUACGGGAUUGUUUGCCACUCAUGGAGACGAUAUGCGUAAAAUUCGUGAGCUGUGCGAUCAGUAUGGGGCUUGGUUGCAUGUCGACGCCGCGUUCGGUCUACUAGCCAGGGUUUUGCCAGAGAGCGAAGAGUUUAGAGAAGUGAAGGAUGGCGUGGCAGGACUAGAACUUGCUGACUCCAUAGCUGGCGAUGCGCACAAAUUGCUCAAUGUGCCGUAUGACUGUGGCAUUAUGCUCUCGAAGCGCCUUGACCUCGCAAUCGAGGUAUUUCAGAACCCCAACGCGGCAUACCUCAAUACUGCCUCGUCAGAAACGACGGCGUCUACGGAUCGUGCCAUUCCAUCACCGCUGAACAUUGGAAUUGAGAAUUCGCGACGUUUCCGAGCCCUACCCGUAUACGCCACACUCGCCGCGUACGGUAGACAAGGACACAGGGAUAUGAUGGAACGGCAGAUACGCCUCGCGAGAGCAAUCGCGGCGGCGAUCGUGGCCAGGCCCAAAUACUUCGAGCUGCUCCCGAUGGGCGAGGACAGCGAGAUAUGCCGCAGGCUGCAAAACAUCUACAUCAUCGUGCUGUUUCGGGCGAAAGGUGACAAGCUCAGCACAGAGCUCGUGAAACGCAUCAACUCCUCCCGAAGGAUCUACAUCAGCGGAACAACGUGGCAAGGGAAGCCAGCGGCAAGAUUUGCUGUGGCGAGUUGGCGGGUUGACGUCGAACGAGACUUGUCGCUCGUGAUCCAGGUGCUUGACGAAGUUGCAGCAUCGAGCACUGACUGACAGGCAUGCGAAGGACGAAUAAUGCUCGCCACAAAAGUUCGUAAGAUAGAAGGCGAGUCAUGAGCCCAUGUCGUCGC